GAAUUAAUACUUAAAAACCAAUCAUGAAGCUGGUCAACCCAAAAGUCUCUCUGAAGGCAUUCAAAAAUGAUUCUUUACUCAUCAGCAUGAGCUAGAGUGCUCUAGUUAUUCGUCACUAUAAUUUAUUCAAAAGAGCUAGGCUUAGCUUAUAAUUGAAAAAUUGACAACUUUUGAAGAGUUACUAUAUAACAUUGAAUAUGCCUCCCUGUUGAAUAAUUAAGACUCCAUCAGUAUGAACGCGAAUUUUGAGACUUGAGUAACGAAUCACUCUUAUAUAAAGCUCAGGAUUUUAGGUCGCCGAUUCACCGAAAUCUAUGUAUCAGCCCAGCCAAUAUUUCAUAAAAUCUGGAUGUCCAACCAAUUCUUAUUAAUACCUAACAAUUUUUCCGGAUGAAAGAAGGUCCAUACUCAAUCAAUCGGAGAUGCUGUAUCCUUUCUGAAGCAAAGAAAGAGUUCAUGCAGAAUAUUUUCAAGUGACUCUGAAUUUAACUGAAGCAUAUCGUGUGCAUGAAGCAUUUUCACCAGGAUUUGCAGUGCCAUUUGUUUGAUGGUUAAUUAA